AUGAUGGAGUUUGAUGGAGCAGAAUUACCAAAAGGACCAAUUCCACUCACCAUUACACAUCAACAUCGAAUUGAUCCGGUUCAAAUCAAAUAUGCUCUACCUGGAAUUAUAGAUUAUAAACUAAUUAAAGAUCUAAGUUUUUCCAUAAUGAUUUGGACAACUAGUCAUUACCACGCUGAUCCCAAAAGUUAUGUUGAAGAUCUACAAGAUCUUGAUGGGUUCGAAGAUUAUAUAGUUCCAGAAGCUAUCAAAAUGUUAGGAGACACAAAGAAGAACAAUGACCAUCAUCAUUGCUCGCAGCAGCCAUCAAUGAUCGAGGUACCCGAAAAAAGUAGUUGGUUUGGAGGUCUGUUCUCUAAAAUAAAGAAUUUAAUUUAA